UGAAACUGCUAUCAUGCAUAGAUUGCAAAGUAUUGUUUUGGAACAUACUCAAUUACUUCUGAAAGUAAUGGAAUAUACAGCUGAACUUGACUGGUAAAUAUUCUGUAUUUUAUCGAGAUAAAAUUAUUAUGUAUCCAGGCCCAACUUUUCAACACGUGAUGUGGCCACUAAUCACUAUUCAAGUAGUAAUCUUCAGAGUUCUGCAAUACGUCUUACAGUAAUUUUCCCAAGAGGGUACCACACACCUCUUUCUAUAUUUGCUCUUCUUUAGCACUCGAAUUUCGUCACUGAUUGCAGCGAGUGAACUGUGACCAUGUUGACAUUUUGAAGACACACGAUAUGACGUCAUGCGUGGCGAGAACAAAAGUGAUCACGAGCCACUGGGCGAGUGAUUCAAUGUUUUACCAUGCAUGUUAUCACCAAGCUCGCACCAUGCAUUUGUCCUGAUUUCUGUUCUAUACAAAACAAAGCACGCGUCAUUGAUUCGUGAUGCUGCGUAACGAGCUGUAAUUGAGAUAUUACGUCCGUGAAAUGGCAUCAUCCGUGUAAUAGAUUAUGGCAUCGACCAACAAAAAGUCAGAUUAUAUUAUAUAAUACCUUAUUGAAUUCUGAUCGUUUAAUUGGCUGUUUAUGGUCACGUGAUAUUGAAUAGAAAAUUCCAUUUCCCAAGAGUGCAAUGGAAUGCGUUCCAUUGCACUCUUGCGAGUGCAAUUGUACUAUACGUUUUGUUCCAUUGCACUCUUUGUGUUUUCGAUAAAUCGCAUCCGUCAAAAUGCUUCUCGUACGGUGAUCGCAGUUUAUUUUAACCCGAUAUUCGAAACUCAGUAAAUGGGAUUUAAUGCAAAUACGACUCGUCAAAAUGGCGAAAGCUUACAGUAUUAAACCUUUUAAUAUUAGUCUAUUUUGGUAUUAUAUAAAACAAAUAAUGAAUGUUAUUAUUCGUGCAUGGUAAGAAUAUGUUCAUUCGGUGAAAGAUGGAAUGUUCCAUUCAACUCGGCUGUCGCCUCGUUGAAUGGAACAUUCCAUCUUUCACCUCAUGAAAAUAUUCUUACCAUUGCACUCAUAAACAUUCAUUAUUUGUAUAAUAUAACAGGCUAUAGUAAACUUUAUGUAAUACCUUAUUGAAUUCUGAUCGUUUAAUUGGCUGUUUAUGGUAACGUGACAUUGAAUAGAAAAUUCCAUUUCCCAAGAGUGCAAUGGAAUACGUUCUAUUGCACUCUUUGCGAGUGCAAUUGUACUAUACGUUUCAUUCCAUUGCACUCUUUGUGUUUUCGAUAAAUCGCAUCCGUCAAAAUGCUUCUUGUACGGUGAUCGCAGUUUAUUUUAACCCGAUAUUCGAAACUCAUUAAAUGGGAUUUAAUGCAAAUACGACUCGUCAAAAUGGCGGGAGUUUACAGUAAACCUUUUAAUAUUAUAUAGUCUAUUUUGGUAUUACAUAAAACAAAUAAUGAAUAUUUUCAUUCGUACUCGGCUGUCGCCUCGUUGAAUGGAACAUUCCAUCAUUCACCUCAUGAAAAUAUUCUUACCAUUGCACUCAUAAACAUUCAUUAUUUGUAUAAUAAUAAACUAUAUACUUUUAAAUCUCUUAUAACUAUAGCAGUAAUUUAGUCAGUUACUGAUUUGUAUCAUGUUUGAUAUAUUUUUAGUGUAAUUGCUCUAUCUGUUCAUGCGAAAGAAAAUAACUAUGCUUGUCCAGAUCUGACUGAAGAAAAUCUUUUGACUAUCAAAGGAGGAAGGUGUGUGAACUAUAAUAAUGUGCAUGAUAUAUUUCAGGUGUAACAUUCAGAUGUGCACGGAAUUGAUAUGCAUAGUUGGUGGAAAUUUUCAAAACCUGUAAUUUUUUUGAUGUACGAUUCACAAUCACUUUGUUUUAUUAUUGUUAUUUGGUUUACGUGGUUACCUAUCUUUUUAUAUGUCUCGGCUUGUGUUCAGGUUAAAAACUAUUGAACGUUUAAAUUUUUUGUCUAUGGAUCAAAAUAUUAUUGACGCCAAAUUCACAGCUGCUUUGCGAGUUCAAACAUCAUUUCUAGCUGCAUGGUCUGCUUGCAACUGGUAAAAAGGUGACAGACUAGACUGUAGUUAAUAUUUAUUUGAUUAGGCAUCCAUUGCAAGAGAUGUACGUCACGCCAUUUGUGGCCAAUGAUACUCAUGUUGAAAAGGAAAAAUCGAGAAUGAAGAUAUUAACUGGACCUAAUGCGAGUGGGAAAAGUGUCUAUCUUAAACAGGUAAUGCAAUGUAGACUUCGUGUACUUUUACGUAUAAUAGUCCGUCGUGUCCAUGGGGAUGGGAAAAUGGGACCAUAUCCCAAGAAGACUUUUUGUUGUCAACAGAAAGAAAAUACGAGAAUUAAAUUAAAUCAUCGUGCGGGAGAGGAAAAUUUAGGAGGGCAGAAAGAAAUGUGUCCGACGUUUUUGCAUUUUGACCGACCAUCUAAAAUUUUGGACUAUUAUCUUACAUAUUUCUUGCUUUUCAAUUUAUUUCCCCCAUCUGUUUGCCCAACUUGCGUUUAAAAUUUGCCCAACUUUAUGAGGGGGGAACUGGCUCUCCUGCCACCCCUCCCUCCCCGUUGUCUCGUAAGUAUGUUCUCAACCUCUCCUGCAUUAGGUGGUUCAAGACUACGAUGAUUGUAAAAUAAAACCCUAACCAUUCGUAUACCUGCCACGUGUUUACUGCAUGUACGUCAACUGUCAGAUAUGACGGCAAUUCUCACUUUAGGUUGGUUUGAUUGUAUUUCUGGCGCACAUUGGAAGUUAUGUUCCUGCUGAGUCAGCAACUAUUGGUAUCACUGACAGGAUAUUUACAAGGAUUCAUACUCGAGAGACAGUGUCUGUAGGAUUGUCCACUUUCAUGAUUGAUCUCAACCAGGUAAUCUUCAACAAGCAUCAGAAAAGACGGUCGGAUGAAUUCGGAACCGUACUCAAAUUCGUUGGGUUUCGGCCUUGCUUGCACUCGGGACGCAUGAAACCGGACGAAUUCCAGCACAGCUAACCGUACGAAUUCGAGGCCAGAUAAAAUUAGGUCUCACUUUGUACCGAAAUGGCGGCUAAAUUAGACGGCGCUAUAUGCGGAACGGGUCUCUUUGGAGACCAUUUCGCACGGUGGAGGAUUGUGAUUGAUUCCGACAGAGACCAUCUGCGCACGCGUACGUAAAUACUUCCGGGACUACAAUUCAUCCGGUUCCGUGUGAACACUUUUUGUUUCGUAAUUACUUGAGUUCCGUGUGAAUAUGUAGAACCGGACGAAUUUGAGUACGGUCCCGGAUUCAUCCAGCCUAGAGUGACGCAGACUACGGCAAAGCAAAGAGAUGCCGAGGGCAUCAAUACACACAAAUAUAUCAAGCUAUAGCAGUAUAAAACUCUUAACUACUUUUUAACUACCCGUUUCGUAGUUAAAUAGCAGUUAACUCUAAAAUACGCGAUUCUGAUUGGUCAAUAAUAAUUCUAGUUAACUUUAAUCACUUUUUAUACAACCCCAGGCAUCCAAGCAUAAAGUUAAGACCGUUUCCCACUUCAACCGUAUCGUACCGAAGCGUAGAAUAUUUAUUGGUUUCCUGAGCACUAGAGUGGGACUAUAAUGACUUGGACAUAAAAGAAAAUGCUACGAUUCUGUUGAAGUGGAGAACGCCCACCUUAACGCGACACAAAAUUAUCCCCUCUUAUGAAUAGUAAAGAAGAUUGAGUAAUGAGUAAUUAAAAUUAAUGCAUUAAUAAUUUUUAAUCUGGGGCCGGUUGUUCAAAGCUGGUAUCAGCGCUAACCCUGGGUUAAAAUUUAACCUGCUGUUUUAGUUUCUGUAUUUUUACACGUCUGUUUGUUUCAAAACUUCAGAAAAGAAAACUUUCAUUGAUCCACACAAGAUUUCUGAAGAAAUAUUUCCAAGUUCACAAGCAAGCUGUUGCUUUGAAUUUUAAGUAAUAUUUCAAAUCUGACUAUGAAAAACUACUAAUUGGACUGGACUAGAUUUCAAUUUGAUCCGAGGCGAAGCCGAGGCCUGGAGCAAAAUGCGAGGACUUGAAAUGUAGUCCAGUCCUUAUAGUCGGAUUUGAAAUGACAUCUCAUGCGAAUAAAUCACUACUAAAUAAAUAAAUAAUAUAUAAUAAAUGAAUAAAUAAAUGACAUUUCAUAAUAAAUCACUACUUAAUUAGUUUUGAUCCAGUCCGAGGACUGAAUUAAUUUUGAUCCAGUCCUAGGACAGGAUCAAUAUACUUCAUCAGGUAUCCAGUAUUAUCAUGUGAGCAAAAUAAAGCAAUAUAUAAUGGUUGGCUAAUAUACUCAUGAAUUAUUAAUGAGUUUGAGAUGUUAGCCUAAAGUUUAGCCAACCGGCUAUUGAAUAACUGGCCAGGUAGGUAGACGGAAAGAAUAUGUAUCAAUCACGAUUGUUGAAGGGCAAUGUUCGUAAUGGCAGACCUAAGUUUGUUUUUCUGUUCAGGUUGCAAGUGCUGUUCAAUUUGCUGGUGAAAGAUCUCUUAUACUCAUUGAUGAAUUUGGGAAGGGAACUGCAACAGUAAGUUGGACACAUUCCAGACAUACGAUAUUGAUGGUACAAGGGUAUAUAUACUUUCGCCGCGGCAACCAGACUUCAUUCUUGCAGUAUUGUUGUUCGUUCCAUAUAAUUUCAUCUCAUUAACACGUGAGAAGAGUGCUUCCAAUUUCACUCUGUGACUGCAGGAUUUUCCGCGAUAACUUCUGUUUUCUCUUGUAGUAACACUGUGAGAUUAAGGUUUGGCCCGUAUACUGGACUAUCUCUACGUGUGCUAUCUCCGUAUUAGUAAAAAAAACUUCCGAAGAUGAACAUUUUAAUAUAUUCUAGCUUUCGUUUAGUCCACUUGUGAUUCAAAUUAUUUUGCAUUCAAUUAAGAUUUUUCCCGUCAUUUUUAGUUAAUGGUUUACUAAAAAUUAGUCGGAUAAAAGUAACAGGGUUAGUAUCGUCAGAGGAAGAAUGUUUUCGCUAUUUCGCUAGCGCUACUCUAGUUGAAGUAAAUGAAUGCAAUCCACAACGAAAUUAAAGCACGCAUUUUGUCGAUGGAAUUGCAUGCCACUGGAAUUGCAUGUUAAUCUACGGUAUAUGACAUUAUUUAAGGUUGAUGGACUGUCAUUGUUAACAGCAUGUUUAAAACAUUGGUUAACUACUGUAUAUGACAUUAUUUAAGGUUGAUGGACUGUCAUUGUUAACAGCAUGUUUAAAACAUUGGUUAUCUGCUGGAAACCGUUGUCCCAAGGUGUUAGUAUCCACGCACUUUCACAGCAUCAUCCAACAGAAACUGCUGCCUCUCACACCUCUCUUACGUUUUCAGGUAGGUAUUAUCUACAACUAUAUUCCUGUUUUUAUAUUAAUCGAAUUCUACCAAACACAUUUCGAUAAUCUUUUACCGGCUGAUAGUUUCAGCAAAUAUGAAACUAAUGUUAUUCCGAAAAAAGUGUUCGAAAGAAGAACACAUUUAUAUAAAAAACUGUAUAUUUCGAAUUAAUUUUGAAAUGUAUAGUUAUAUGCCAUGUCUUGUAAAUAUGCUGCUGAAGAUAAAUCGAAAUUAAUAUAGGUUGGGAGGAUUUGGAAAAAGAAUUUGUAAAUAAUCUCAACAUUCACCAUUCAAACUAGACAAAUAUAAUUUUUGUUGACAUUUUCCUUUAAGUACACUGCGCUACCAUCAACAACAGCACCGUAUUCCUUAGCUGAUCCCAUCAGCUUCGUUUGCAAGUUGUAUAUUUCAAAUCAUAUAGCGUCAUCACUUUUUGACACUUUGACAUUCCCACUGAUUUAAAAGGCAGAAAGACAGUGUGAAUAUCACACGAAACUGAGGAGGUUUAUUUACUUCAACUCCUCAUUUUAAUAUUUCGUUUCUUAGACGAUGGAAACCAUGCAGAAUGGUGAUGAAUUAGUUUUCUUGUAUCAACUUGUGGAUGGUUACACCAAUACAAGUUAUGCAUGUCAUAUUGCCGCUUUAGCUGGUAUCUCAAGUGACCUGGUGCAACGUGGUCAUGAGGUGUGUAUGUGUGUGUGUGUUGUUAAACUGUUAUGUUUUUGUAUCAACUUGUGGAUGGUUACACCAAUACCAGUUAUGCAUGUCAUAUUGCCGCUUUAGCUGGUAUCUCAAGUGACCUGGUGCAACGUGGUCAUGAGGUGUGUAUGUGUGUGUGUUGUUAAACUGUUAUGUUUUUGUAUCAACUUGUGGAUGGUUACACGAGUACAAGUUAUGCAUGUCACAUUUCUGCUUUUGCUGGUACUUCGAGUGACCCAGUACAAACUGGACACUAGGUGUAUGGAUUGUUGCAGCUGUCUGAGAAAGAAUUGGACUAUGGUUAAACACUUAAACUACAAACAAAAUACCUCAUGAAAUUUAUUUUAUUCAUAACUGAAAGAUUAUUUCGUUAUAUCAGAUAAACGAAGUGAUAGAGGAUACCUACUAUGGGAAAUAACCAAUAUGAACUUGGAAAUAUGUAGGCCUACAUGUCAUGUAGCUCUUGAUGGUUUUUCCUCCCCUAUACUGUAUCAUUUCUACUCACCACUAACCCCCAGCCUACCUCCUACCCCCAAACAUACCCGCCCUUCACUCUCUUUAACAAAGUGUGUAUUGAUUGGAUACAUAGAAAUGGUUGUAGAAAGUUUGUUUACUGGUUUCAUAUAACGUUUGAAUAUAAUGUCCUCUAUAUUAACGGCUCCCACCGUGCAACAAACCGUUUCCUCUCAAACGUUCGCAGGAAAAAUUAGGCCCCGGCGGAUAAAUAGAAGAUUUGCUGUACUACAUAUGAAUGAACUAGGUCAUAAUUUUGUAAUAUUUUUAUGUUAAUUCAAGAUCCUUGAUUUAAUUCGAAACAACAAGCCAAUCAAAAGAAAAGACAGCAAAGAGAACGAGGAGGAAAUGAAGAGGUGAGAUUCCUGGAGGCCUGGGCGCUCAGGGCUGUCGAGAGGUUGCGCUGGACCUGGCCCUUUCUCAGGGGG